CAUUAUAUGGGUUUUUUCAUUUGUAUAAUGUCCUCAGCAUUCCAAUUAAAAUAGUAUUCCUUCUGUUUUCAAGGUGAUGAGGGAGGUGUGUGUGAAUGGAAGUGCAGACCUCGAUGGAGCUGCAUCUGGAUUACCUGUCCUCAAAGCAGAACUGGAGAAGAGAACAUCAUCUGACCGGCCGAGCUCAGAUGGUGAAGCAAUCCAUGAGAAUGGACACAGUGACGGCAAAGAUCAAGGAAAAGCAAAGAAAAACUCCAAAUCAGAGCAGAAAACUGGGACUGUUGGAAAGGGAGCCAGCAAGAAGAUCACCAAGAUCAUCAGUCUGGGGAAGAAAAAGCCAUCCACAGAUGAACAGACUUCAUCUGCAGAGGAAGAUGUUCCUACCUGUGGUAAGACUGGGUUUCAUUAAUCACAUUUAGAAAAU